AGUCUGUUUAUUUAGAUAAACACUGUGUGACCCACAAUCACCUAAUCAAACCAAUGACCAAUUCGUAAUUGUGAAAAUAACCGCUUAACAAACUUAAACCAGGUUAGGUCUGACCAAUAAAUUAAACCGGAAUACCGGUUUGAAACGGUUUAAACGCGGGAGAGGGAGAGAGAGUGGAUUUGAAUCACUACUUUCCCACCUUGUACAGAGCACGCUUCCAUGGCGUCGUCACGAUCGUUGGCCUCUUCCUACACCUUCGAUGAUAAAGAUCUAGACGACGCUGAUCUAUGGGCGGUGAUCGAUUCCGCCGCCGCCGCUCUCGCUCAGAACACUACCACCUCCUCCUCCACCGUCGUCGGGAAAUCUCCGAAACCCCUCGCUGUUAGGUAUCCGAACUUCAACUCUCCUCCGACACCUGUUUCCAACGCUCCUCCGCCGUCGAAGCUUCUCCAGGCCACGAAUCAUAUCCCUAGGUCAUACGAGGAGUCACCGCGUCCGAGCAAAAUCGCCAGAUCUCGCGUCUUCUCUGAGGUGAACAGUGAGAGUAAUCCGAUGGCUCUCGUUACGACGUCGCAUCGGAGUUCGAAUCUGGUUAAUAAUUCGACGAAGUUUUCUUCGCCGGAGAGUUACUCUUCACCGCGUCCGAACAAUGUGGCCAGAUCUAGCGUCUUCUCUGAGGUGAAUAGUGAGAGUCCGAUGGCUCUCGUUACGACGUCGCAUCGGAGUUCGAAUCCGGUUAACCACUCUGCGAAGUUUUCUUCUCCCGAGAGUUACUCUGUGGCCAGAUCUAGCGUCUUGUCUGAGGUGAACAGUGAGAGUCCGAUGGCUCUCGUUACGAUGGCGAACCGGAAUUUGACUCCGGUUAACCACUCUACGAAGUUCUCUUCGCCGGAGAGUUACCUGUCGCCUGGGAUCAGGAAGUCUACGUCCUUAUCGGAGGUUUCUCCACCGUCGAGCUGCGUUAAGAACGAUCCGGUGAAUGAGAUGCGGCAUAGUUUGUCAGGGAGCUUUCCUUCUGCUACUCUGUUCAAGGAGUAUCAGAACACAGCUAUGGCGAUUCUAGAGAAGUCUGAUUACACAAUGAUAUCAGGGAAAGCAUACAUUAAGAAGUCAGGUUGGAGGAAGAUAUCGUUUUACUUCAAUGUGUCUUACGAAAUAAGGGACAAGAACAUUGAGUUUGACGAAAACAGAAACGUCCAGCGUGCUGAGUUCAUCGUCAGAGCUAUAAUGCAAGGAGGGAGAUUUGCUGAUGGAUGGGGCUCUUGUGAGCGACGUGAGAAGAAGUUUCUAAAACCAAAUCAUGAUAUCCCCAGUACAGCAGAGACCAGAGCCAAGAACAGAGCUUGUCAGGAUCUUCUAGGAAUCGGUGAAUAUCGAGAAAGCCCAACUGGGUUUCCACGAUGAUCAGACGUCAUCAACUGUGUUUCCCGACUUCAUCACUACCAAGCUAAACAACCAAAUCAAGAUUGAUAAGGUAUGCCUCUUCAUUGAUUUUCAUGGAUUGAGUUUUGACUUUACAUGAAGAAAACUAAUGAAACUUGAUUGUAAUGGAUUAUGAUUUGUGUCAAAGUAUUUUACAUCUAAAUCAACAAAAACAUAUAUAAUAUUCAAAUUACUAAUCAUUUUGCUUUAGCUC